AUGGUGAAUUGCGAUUUGAGCAGGACCCAGGACAUGGACAGAGCUGAAAGUCUCGAAACUGCAAUUUGCGCUGUGCAGCAGGCCAUUGGGCAUAUUGGCCUUUCCUCUGAAUGGACCAGUGUGCUGAGCUCAAAACUCCGAAGGCCAUGCGAACUCUGCCCAGAUGUUAGAAGAGUUCUUGAAAAGAAUGGCUGGGUCCGGGGCCAGUUUCGAUCUCCACCAGUUCGAGAGCUACUGUUGAGGGAGCUGCGGGAAAUGGCGAAUGCAGCAAAUUCCGCCCAUGCAGCGAGUGCAGCAAAUGCCGAUCAUGGACAAAGCCUUCUCCCAAUUCGGCUGGACGAUGACCGCCGGUUUGAAAGGCAAUACACCUUCGAGGAAAAAGAAGCACCUGUUGGUGAGGGCACCUAUGGUGCUGUGUACCGCGCCUUCUGCAAUCUCUCGAAAAAGACGGUCGCCAUCAAGCGAGUCAAGAUGGAGCAUGAAGAUGAGGGUAUGCCCAGCACAGCCAUUCGCGAAGUGGCAGUAUUGAAGGCAGCAGAUCAUCCGAACGUGGUGAAAUUGUUGGAUGUGGCUUGCAGUCCUGGGCGUUUGCAUUUAAUUUUUGAGUUUGUUGACUCCAAUCUGAAGCAGUACAUGAAGAAAUUUGGGCUUCGACUGGAAGCAGGAGUUGUCCGUGCAUUGCACAAGCAGCUGAUGCAAGGGAUUGACUACUGCCACGCCAGAAGGAUCAUUCACAGAGACCUGAAGCCUCAAAACAUUCUGGUGGAUGGCCAGGAUAAUUUGAAGAUUGCUGACUUUGGUAUGGCACGCGCCUUCAACUUGCCGAUUCCCAAGUACACACACGAGGUCGUUACAACAUGGUAUCGACCACCUGAGAUACUUUUCGGCUGCGAAGACUACUCUUUGGGGGUAGAUGUUUGGAGUGCUGGAUGCAUCCUUGGUGAGAUGGCAACUGGUGCUGCACUGUUCCAUGGAGACAGUGAGAUUGACACUAUCUUUCAGAUCUUCAAGAAGCUUGGCACACCUUGUGAGGUGGAGUGGCCAGGACUUUCUGAACUGCCAGACUUCAAGCCAUCAUUCCCACAGUGGCGGAAGCGACCUUGGAGCGAGAUUCGCAAUAUUGUUGCUCAACUCGGCUCCGCUGGUACGCGACUUCUGGAUGCCAUGCUGCGCUAUGAUCCACUCCACAGGAUCUCAGCAAGACAGACACUGCUACAUGAGUAUUUCUCAGUGCUCGAUGACGUCGAUGCGAACAUGACUUCUUAGAUAUUGAUGCUACAAAUAGCUCAAUCGCAAUGUUGCCGAGAUGUAUCCAAAUAAUUGAUGCUCUGCUACGAGCAAUUCACUCACAAAGAGUGCAACCUGCAUGUGCACGCUGCAUGAUUUGGCCAUUUUGGCCAAAUUAUAGUCGAUAAAGGUAUGAUACUGACAAUUGACAGACGUAUCCUGCUGUCUUUGUAUUUCAGCAAAUGUCAAAAGGUCCUGGUUCCUCGCUCAACCGAUACAGGAUUCCUCUGCUUCUUCUCUGCCCCUGCUUAGGUGGCAAACUGCCU